CCCUCCUGUGCGACAGGUGGCAGCACAUUCACGUGUAACCAAGCAGCGGGGGCGAAUAAGUAUCGCCCAGUAACAAGCAGUGAAAGGUUACCUCGUAGGUGAGUGGUCUAAUAAAUAAUCACAACAGUCAUGUGGGGAGAUCCCAGGUCAGUGUGCAGCAGCGGAUGACAGGGUGGAGCACCAGCAUGCAGAACUUGGUGGUGCAGUCACUUGCCAUGAGGCAGCUCGGGAGGCUGAACCCCAGCCACCUGCUGGCUGCUGGAUAUGGACUGAGGCAGACUAAAUGGUGUCCCAGGAGCAUCCACACACGCCAGCUGUGGGGCUGCUCGUCGUUCCCAGCGCUUGGCUGUCACAGGCCGACCUCCCACAGCAGAGACUCUCUCAGGAGUUGGUCCGUUCAUCACCUGAGGUCCAAAAGCAUCAAGAAGAAAGAAGCUACUCAGACGGCACAGGAGGAGGAGGAAGAUGAGGAUAAGAAAGACCCAGAAGAAAGUGAUUAUGACGAUGAGGUGGAUGAGGACCCAGAUCAACCUAAGCAAUAUAAAGAUGUGGAAAAGUACGUGCAGUCUUUCCGGUACGAUAGCAUCAUGAAAGCUGGCCUGGACAUGGCAAAUAAAAAAAUUGAAGAUGCCUUCUAUGGGAAUAAACUCAGGCUAAACGGACAGAGACUCAUCAAAAAAAGUAAAACGGUAAAAGUUGGGGACACUUUGGACAUGGUCCUGUCAGAGAACCAAGGAGGAAACACUGUUACCUUGAUGAGAGUCAUCGUCAGAAGAGUUUUUGCAGAAAAAAGUAAAACAGAAAAGUACAAAGUUGCCAUCAGGUGCUGGAAAUCGAUAGAGCUGUCCAAGGACGAGGCCUUUAAGCCAUGAACUUGGAUGAGACAGUAGAGACUGUGAUACCAACAAGGCAACAACACAGAAAUGGCAUGACUGGCAGUUGGAAUGAUCCCCAAGAAGUUGGAUUAAGAAUCGAUAACAGUGGAAUAAUGUAAAGAUCAACAUUUCUCACUGGUUGUAGACAUUCAGCAGUUGGCUGGGAGAAAUGUGUUGACUGUUUACCUUUCCCCACCAUAUACUGUACGACUCCCCCAAUAAAUGUGCACUUUUUUAGCUUUGAAAAUGUUAGAAAAUUGAAAAAUUGCUGAUGAAGAGGGCAAUUAUUUUCUUGCAAAUAAUAUGUUUUCCUCUGACUCGGUUACCAGAGUUUCUUGUGUU